UGUCCCACGGCUGCAUGGAGCGACUCCUCCGGCCACAGGCCCUACUCCUGGUGGCCCUGCUGUUUCCAGGGCUGUGCGAGGCCAGGCAUGCAAGCCAGGGAGGCGCCGAGGACACCAGGGCACCCAGGGAUGAGGCCCUCAGACCUGGAACCAAUGAUUCUCAGGGGCUUCACCACCCAGGAAAGCGCUACCUUGUGCCACUCACCCCCCCCGCUGAUUAUGAAACAGGUUUCAAAGUUGUCAACUGCAGGAAAAGCGAAGGCCUUUGUCAAGAAUAUUGUAAUUAUAUGGAAAUACAAGUGGGCUACUGCUCUGAAAGAAAGGAUGCCUGCUGUUUAUCUCAGAAUUGAGGCUGCUGACACAGAAGCGAGAGGGUCAUCCACCUGCUGUCCUCCUGGGCCAUGGCAAAGACCCAGGUGCAGGUCAUCUGAGGAAGGACCUGAGCAGAGAGGAGUUGAGCAUUGUCACCUGGGCCAGGAAGUCUAAAUAUGUUAUUGUAGAAAAAUAAAGAUAAAAAUGGGCUACACAUAAUCUUAUAGACAUGAUCUUAGAGAAAGUGACUUGGCUAGAGAUGAAUAAAAUCACACAAUUUUUGGUGGUGAUGUGGAUGUAAUAAACUUUAU